AUGGGCAAGCGCAGGCCCGCGCGGCCGUCGCCGCUGCGGCUCGUGGCGGCGCUGCUCCUCUACUGGGACGGCGACGGCGACGGCGACGUCGACGCGUCGGACCUCAUGGACUGGGACGGCGACGGCACCAUCGACGCGCUGGGCUCCCUGUCCCUCCUCGUGAAGCUCCUCGUCGUCGCGUUCGCCGCGCAGCAGCUCCUGCGCCGGCGCUGGGCGUCGGGCCUCCGCCGCCGGGGCCGCCGCGUGCGCGAGCUCCUCGUCUUCGCGUGCUCGCCGCGCGUCGCGGCGCUGCCGAACGCGCUCUUCGAGGCCACGGAGGUGUCCAAGUCCUGCGACGCGGCCAUCUACGCGCGCGGCGACGUCACGGCCGACGUGCUCCGGUCCGCGCUGCGGGACACGGAGACGCGCCGCUUCCUCUUCAUCGGCCACGCGGACGCGCCCACGAGCCGGAGCGAGGACGCGACGCGGACGCUGGGCUUCGUGCUCAGCGACGGCACGCUCGCGGCCGCGCGGCCCCGGGACCUGGCCGUGCUCCUCGGCCGCCACUCGCCGAGGAAGGGCGGCCGCCUCGAGCUCGUCUUCCUCAACGGCUGCCGCUCCGAGGCGCUCGCGCGGGCCGUCCGCGGCGAGGGCGUGCCCUACGUCGUCGCCUGGGCGACGUCGGCCCACGACGAGGCCGCGCGCCUCUUCUCCCGCGCGUUCUUCGAGGCGCUCGUCGCGAGCCGCGCGUCCCGCGGCGCGAAGCGGCGCCGGCCGUCGACGCUCGCGAAGCUGGGCCGGCGGCUCCUGGACCUCGCUAGGCCCGAGGCGAGCGCGGCGCGCGACGCCUACGCGCAGGCGUACCAGGAGGCCGUCGACGCGAUCGCCUUCGAGACGCGGCUCGGCACCUUAGCCAACGGCGUCCGCAGCCACGUGCCGCGCUUCGAGCUCCGGGACCCGCACGGCGCGGCGUCGUCGGCCCACGACUGCGCGCCGCCCCCCGCCGCGUCGGGGUUGCCCCUCUUCCUCUCGGAGUCCCUCGAGCGGCGCGGCGCGGAGUCGCCCGUGCGGCCGCCGAGCCUCGCCUACGCGGCGCCCGCGGGGCUCGUCGGCGAGGCCUACCGCUCGCUGCUGCGCCUCCUGACGCCCGGCGGCGGCAAGAAGGACGACGACCUGCCCUACGCCGACCCGCCCGCGCAGCGCGACGCGCAGCGCGACGCCGUGCUCAAGCGCAAGCGCCAGUGGGCGACCGUGGGCUCCGACGACGACGAGGACGGCGGCGCCGCGCGCGACGCCGCGCCCGAGCGGAAGCGGUCGAAGAAGGAGCGGAAGAAGGACAGCAAGAAGGCGAAGAAGGAGAAGAAGAAGAAGAAGAAGAAGAAGGAGAAGAAGAAGGCCAAGAAGAAGGAGAAGAAGGCGAAGAAGCCGAAGCUCGGCGCCUGCGACCAGAACGAGUUCGGCAAGUACGGCGUCGUCCGCGAGAGCGACUACUUCCGCAAGCGCCGCGAGUUCGAGGCGUGGUGCGUCGAGGUCAAGAAGCUGCCCGCCUUCACGGGCUCGAAGCGCGAGCUCAUGGAGCUCUUCAACGAGUUCGCCGAGGACUACAACACGGCGACGAUGCCCGACGACAAGUACUACGACCUCGAGCGCUGGGAGCUCGCGGAGUACGAGCGGCGCAAGCGCGGCGAGCGCAAGGCCGGCGGCGAGAUGACGGCCUUCGACGACGAGGCCCAGGUCGAGGCCGCGCGGCGCCGCGAGCGCGAGGCCCGCGACCGCGCCAACGAGGAGGCCGACGCGCGGUCCGCGGCGGCGCGCAUGGGCGAGGGCAAGCGCCAGGAGCUCAAGGACCUCGAGAUCCUCCGCCAGAAGCAGCAGCAGGCCUACAAGCGCGGCGACCUCGACACGGUCCGCGCCGUCGACCGCCAGCUCGAGGCCCAGAAGCAGGACGGGUGGCUCCAGACGGGCUUCUAACUUUAGCUCGAGGCCCAGACCCCAGAGGCAACCUG